GUGUUUGAAGGGCUGAAGGAGGGCAGGAGCAGAAUCCCAUGGUAGCCAGGUGGGUGACGGGGAACGACGACCUUGCACCUGCCUUGAAGAAGACGGUGUCUGACCAGCUGCAUAAGUGACCAGGCGGUCCCAAAAGCCUGACAAUGGACCCGCUUCACAUUAGCAUGGCCAGUACUCCGCUGGUGAAGCAUACUGCGGGAGCUGGACUCAAGACCAACAGACCCCGGGUCAUGUCCAAAAGUGGACACAGCAAUGUGAGGAUUGACAAAGUGGAUGGCAUCUAUUUACUCUACCUUCAAGACUUGUGGACGACCGUUAUCGACAUGAAGUGGCGGUAUAAGCUCACCCUGUUUGCUGCUACAUUCGUGAUGACCUGGUUUCUUUUUGGAGUGAUUUACUACGCCAUCGCGUUCAUUCACGGGGACUUAGAACUGAGUGAGCCUAUUUCAAAUCACACCCCCUGCAUCAUGAAAGUGGACUCUCUCACGGGAGCGUUUCUCUUCUCCCUGGAAUCCCAGACCACGAUUGGCUAUGGCGUCCGGUCCAUCACGGAGGAAUGCCCUCAUGCCAUUUUCCUGUUGGUUGCCCAGCUGGUCAUCACGACCUUGAUUGAGAUCUUCAUCACGGGCACCUUCCUGGCCAAAAUUGCCAGACCCAAAAAGCGGGCAGAGACCAUCAAGUUCAGCCACUGUGCUGUCAUCACCAAGCAGAAUGGAAAGCUGUGCUUGGUGAUCCAGGUGGCCAAUAUGAGGAAGAGUCUCCUGAUUCAGUGCCAGCUUUCUGGAAAGCUCCUCCAGACCCACGUCACCAAGGAGGGGGAGCGGAUCCUCCUCAACCAAGCCACCGUCAAAUUCCACGUGGACUCCUCCUCGGAGAGCCCCUUCCUCAUUUUGCCCAUGACGUUCUACCACGUGCUGGAUGAGACGAGCCCCCUGAGAGAUCUCACUCCCCAAAAUCUGAAGGAGAAAGACUUUGAACUUGUGGUCCUCCUUAAUGCCACUGUGGAAUCCACCAGCGCUGUCUGCCAGAGCCGCACGUCUUACAUCCCCGAGGAGAUCUACUGGGGUUUUGAGUUUGUGCCUGUGGUUUCUCUCUCAAAAAAUGGAAAAUAUGUGGCUGAUUUCAGUCAGUUCGAACAGAUCCGGAAGAGCCUGGAUAACACGUUUUACUGCGCGGAUUCUGAGAAGCAGAAACUUGAGGAGAAGUACAGGCAGGAGGAUCAGAGGGAAAGAGAGCUAAGAACUCUUCUGUUACAACAGAGCAACGUCUGAUGGCAGUGGUGUCGCCUUGAUUUAACUAACUCUACAUGCUGUUUCCACAUCUGCACUCCCUUCAAACAUGAAGGUCACUGCGAAAACAAAAAUGUGUGGAAUCACUGUGAAAAACAGCAUAGGCGUGCAAAACCCAUCUGUUCUUUUGAUGAUCUGGUGACUAAACAAGAAUCUCCACGUUUGAGAGGGUUCCUUUGGUAAAUGCUUUGUCUGAAGUGAACUCAAAAUUCAAAUUUUCUAAAACGGGGCUACAUUUCAAAGAACUUGGUGUAGAGCAAUUGCAAAAACAUCCUGCUGAAUGGACAAAUACUUAGAAAUUCUGAUAUUAAACGGCAGGGUAUUUCUAUACAAGGAUGUCAGCUAUAUUAUAAGGUAUUUAUUCAGUUCAAGUAUCAAAGACAUAAUGGCCAUAACAGCCGAGACUUGAAAUGUGGUUCAAUAUUCACUUACACCAUUGCUUUAAAACAAUUUUUUCCAAAUAGAGAACAUGUUAUAUAUAACGAGGCUACCUGGUGAUACUGAAAAAGAAGAAGGGGGACUCUGUACUCACAAAAUAUAAUACUUCCAUUUUUACCUCUUUUCAGUGGAUUUAAUUAUGUAGAGUGAAAUCGAUCACAUAAGGAUUUAACAGUUGUGAAAAUACAUACAAAUGGAGCUGAUGUUAUUACAUUUUGUUGGACUGUACGAGCCCCUUUUAAUUCAAAAUGUGGCUCACAGAACAGCCGCCUCAGCCCCAUUUAGGAGCGUAUUAGCAAUGUAAACUCUUAGGCCCCACCCAGACUUAGAGAAUCGGAGUCUGUAUCUUAACAAGAACCCCAAGUGUUUCUGUAUAAAUGAGAGCCUGAAAAGCUCCUCUCUGGGCAGUGUUUUCCAAGUAACUUUCUGAAUCCAUGGGACUCUGUGGGGUCCAUGUCCACGUGACCUCCAGACCUGUCCUUUCUUCGGCUCGUUAUUGUGGGCCAAUAUUCCUUUCAGCCAUUUCAUUCCUUAUUAAAAUACCUUAGCCACAAAGGGACUGCCACUGACAUUCCAAAGGCAAAUAAAGCUUUGGAGAGUAAUUGUUGUCUCAUCCAUGAUAAGUACAUCCUUGUUGAUUAUGGUUAGCCCAGAAGAAAAUUUAAGCUGCGUAAUAAUCAGAAAUAUGCUCAGAUGUUGCAAUCUAGAUGGUUGAUGCGAACACGAGGAACAAGAGUUGCCGAGGAUAAGUAAUUCAUGCACAGAUGACUCCUUGAAGCGUGAACAAAAUUUGAUAAUCUGAUAAUGUGUAAAGAAUGCACUCAGUAUGUAAAUAAAUCUUGUGCAACUCUGUGUUACAGAGGUAACAUUUUGCCUUUGGCAGAAUUUAGGCACCCUGCAUUUCUUUACAACAAAGAGGGAAUGGGCCAGGAUUGGCUAAAUACGCAAAAGGUGAAUUCUCAUUUCAUUCCAGCCAGGAUGGACUUGCGUGUUGACUUGAAGAAUGUGACUAUAAUUGUGUAGUCGCUGCAUGGAUGCACGUGAGCCCACAUAUGUGUACACAGAGGCACACAUGCCCUGGCUAUUCAAGCAUCACUGUGGAAAUUAUCAAUGAAAGACAUUUGCAAUUAAGAGAGCAAAAGAACCCUCACUUCUAUUUUGUUCUAUAGGAUUGGGAACAUUGGAACUCAGAGAAAAGAGUGAAAGUAAUUUGGAAUCAAAUGAUUGGUGAAAUGAUGAUAUGGAUGACAGCAAAUCUGGUCAUCUCUUGAUGGUCCCACAUUUUCAAGUGUCAUUCCAUUAAAUAGAAAAUGUGACUAAAACCUCUGAUCUGGAACUAAACAUCUAAUGCAUGGGUGAGAAUAAUGGGGGUAAAGUCAUAAUGAUUUAAAGAGAAGCCUCAAUGCACAAGAGGAUUUUGUCCUUAAUUAUUCAGGAAGCUUUUUUUUUUUUUCUCUGUUGAUGAUUUCAUGGCAGGUUGUUUUAGAGCGUCAUAUUCUUAAAAAUUACAUUAGUGUAGUUAGAUAUUAGCCCUUUUAGCUAUCAUAUGUGUUUUUAAUUGUAUAUUGUGUUAUAAUCGACAGGAAAAUAAUGCCACAGGCACGUUUACAGUUUUUCUGUUGCACUAUUAAAUUCUUUUCACAGUAUUUACAUCAAUGGUAAUAAGAGUGUGAUCGAGAUUAGGAAUCUUGGAUAUUGACAUGGCAUAUGGUACAAUGAUGUAGCAUGAGACUGAAAAAUCUUUUUUUUUUUAUGUUCAGUUAGCCUAUCUACUUCAGGCAAAUUUGGAAGAUUUGACCAUCUGAACUUUUGCACUACGUACAAAAUCAAUAGGCAGUGUCUUAAAAGCCAAUAUUUGUAUAAAUCAAUAAAUCAUAUUGUAACAUGAUAUUCAAUAAAUAGCUUUAAAGUUGUAGCUGGUUUGAAACUUAUCAAUUUCCAGGCACACUUACUUAUUAUUUACACAAAAUACUCUUGAAUUAACAUACUAACUGAGAAUUCAGGUGGCAAACUGACUCUAUCUGGACAGCCUUCUGACUGAAACAGAUUCAUGUGUGACAGCCAAAUAAGAAGUCAAGCUAAUGGACUAUUUUUGACCGAAACAGGCUUUUGCAUUUUGAAACAUUUGUAGGUACCAGGCCUUCUCAGUGAGACCUCUUAGCCAUGCUGGCUUCCAUUUGAUAAACCACAAAGGAAAUUGCAGCAAAUCAGUGUGAUCCACAAGCCAUGUCUUAUUUCAUUAACAAAAUAUAUUGUACUUAGAUGGCAUCUAGUAGCCAAUGGCCCCAGAAGCAUUGCAAGGGUUGACUCAUUGGUUUUCACAGUGAGCCACGUCUGGGGUGGGAGUGGAGUCAUACAUUGGUUCCCUUCCCCAAUCAUGGGGACAUUACAGCACAGAGAGGAG